GCCUUUUUGCAUAAAGUAGUGCGAUGAACGCCAAUGGAGCCGCUUUCUGCUGGUGCAGUUUAAUGUAUGUGACGUUGUUUUUCGUGUCGUUCGUUGGCAUCGGGCUUCUGACGGUAUGUGUGCUCCUGCGGCAGCUAAUAAAAUUCCAGCGUCGGAAGCGGCCUGAUCAGAACGUAAAGCGUGUGGCGUUCUUCCAUCCGUACUGCAAUGCCGGUGGUGGCGGGGAGCGUGUGCUGUGGUGCGCGUUGCGGGCACUUCAGCAGCGCUACGACGACAUCCGGUUGUACGUGUACACCGGCGAUAUGGAUGCUACGCCGGCGGAAAUACUGGCGAAGGCGGAGCGCAACUUUAAUCUUGAUCUCAACGCGGAGCAAAUUUCGUUCGUCUUCCUGCGAAAACGGCGCUGGGUUGAGGCCGCGUGCUACCCGCACUUCACGCUGCUGGGACAAAGCCUCGGCUCGAUAGUGCUGGCCUUUGAGGCGCUGCUGAAGCUACAACCGGACGUGUAUGUCGACACGAUGGGCUACGCCUUCACGUACCCGGUGUUCGCCUACUUCGGGGGUUGCAAAAUCGGUUGCUACACGCACUACCCGACCAUCAGCACCGAUAUGUUGCGCCGAGUGCAGUCGCAGACCCAGAGCUACAACAACCGCGGGUACGUGGCGAAGAACCCGUUCGCCACGUGGCUGAAGAUAGUUUACUAUCGGAUGUUUUCCCGUGUCUACGGUUGGGUGGGUCGUUGCGCCGACACAAUCAUGGUGAACUCAACGUGGACCGAGAACCACAUCGUGUCGCUGUGGGACGUGCCCUACAAGACGCACCGAGUGUACCCGCCUUGCGAGGUGUCGAAACUGAAGCGACUCGGGGAGCGGAAGAGCGAAGGAGAAGAGGAGGCGGACGACGACGACGACGAGGAAGGUCUCGAUGAUCGGAUCAUCAUUCUUUCGGUGGGCCAGUACCGACCGGAGAAGGACCAUCCGUUGCAACUGCAGGCCAUGUACGAGUUACGCACCCUGUUGAACAACGAUGAGGCGCUCUGGAACCGGUUGCGGUUACAGAUCGUCGGGUCGUGCCGGGACGAGGAGGAUCACGUCCGGGUGAAGAACAUGCAGGAUCUGGCGAAGCAUUUGUCGCUCGAGAACUCGGUCGAGUUUCGGGUGAAUGUGUCGUACGCGGAACUGCUGCAGUGUUAUCAGCGCGCCACCAUCGGACUGCACUGCAUGUGGAAUGAACAUUUCGGCAUCAGCGUCGUGGACUGCAUGGCGGCCGGGCUGAUCAUGGUGGCCAACCGCUCCGGUGGCCCACUGAUGGACAUUGUCGAAACGUCAGAGGGCAGCCAGAAUGGCUACCUGGCGUUCGAUGCCUACGAUUACGCACGUUGUAUCGCCACCAUCUUGUACAAUACGCCCGACUACAACGCGAAACUGCGAGAAGCCGCUCGUGCCUCGGUCGAGCGUUUCUCCGAGAAGGAAUUCGAAAGCGGGUUCUUACGCGCCAUUUCUCCCAUCAUGGAUUGAUGCUUCGGGACUUCGGGUUCGCUGCUACAUUGAUUUGUUGCCGGUGGUGGUCCUUCAGCGACAAUGAAUAUUCGUUUGUUUUUAGAAAACCAAAAACAAUGACAAAAUUAAGACGCAACGGUGGAGCCCAACACAUUCGAUCGAAAGUGUAAAAUGAUGCCGCGUAAAUGAAAGGAAGUUAACAUUUCACCAAAAGCAAUCUUCCAUCGGUACUAUCGCCUGCAAAGAAAAAACAAAAAACCGGUAGACAAAUUAAUACAGAAUUAACCUUGAACCAUGGGGCAAACAAGCAAAGGACGUAUGCCAACUAUCAAAACAUGAACGAUAUAACUACUACGAAAUUCGCACAUCACAAUACUGGGGAUUGGACGAAUGACACUAAAGUGGUGGGUCCGGUAAGCUGGGGACAAAAACACUUUUCCUAGUCGGCCAUAGAACAUGAAGCAUGCAGAAAAUAAGUACUCUGCGAACCACUCCCACCUAAGGAACUUCUUCUUCUUUUGGCGCUACAACCGCUGAGCAGUCUUGGCCUGGCACCAGAGACAAUGUUAAUCUCUGAUGCUCUUCUGUAACAUCUAAUUUUUUUACGGACGGGAUUGUUAGCCCCGCGCCAACCCCCCUGUCACGCCGGUAUCGGGAAUCGAAACCAUGGCCGGUUGAGUUACAACCGAUCCCGGGAUUCGAACCACGGCCAGCUGCGCUGACAGCGAAGAGCGUUACCGACUGCUCUAUCAGCGGAACUAUCAGCGGAACUGGCGUCGGGAUAUGUUUACGGAGGAAAUCGACAGAAAAAAUGGCCAACUGACGCCAACUAACCGU